AUGAAGAUCUGGCCAGCACGGCCAGCGUGGCUCAUCGAUGUUGAGGAUAGAUACGUCGUCCCCGGUCAGUGCGAUGGAGAUUUUGUUGCGUUAAGCUACAGGUGGGGUGAGCAAUCAGGCUUCAGGGUGAAUGCCGACAAUAUGACCAAGCUGCAGGAGCUGAAAGCUCUAGAUAAUCCAGAGAUCUCAGAAUAUCUAGUCCCAAUUCUGCAGGAUGCUAUGUACCUGACUUCCAUAGUUGGCGAGCGAUAUCUCUGGAUGGACGCGCUUUGUGUUGUGCAGGGUGACGAUGUGGCUGUUGCAGAGCAAUUGAACCUCAUGGGAGCGAUCUACGCCAAUGCCAUUGUCACCAUCGUUGCCGCAGAUGGAGACUCUCAGGAGGGAAUUCUGGGUCUGAGAAACAGUUCUAAUUCUCGAAAAUUAGAUCAGCAUGUCAUUCCGUUUGGCAAAGAGAAGAUGAUUGUCAAGAACAAGUACUCUAUUCGUAAUGGCUUUUCGGCUAGAAGUCCAUAUUCUGACCGGGGCUGGACAUUUCAAGAGGAGAGAAUGUCCCAGAGAAGGAUCGUGUUCAACGAGAGGCAAGUACAUUGGGUGUGCCAGUGCAAUGUGUGGCACGAAGAGACAGUCUUCGGAGCUGAGUUGAAAGAACUCACCGAAUCCAGUCUAAGUGUUAUCCUGGCGGGGUUUCCAGACACAAAAGCGCUUGAAGAUGUUUUGUCGGCUUACAACAGCCGUCAUCUUUGUUAUGACGAGGAUACGCUUCCUGGUAUUUCUGGGCUCUUUUCUAUAAUGAGUCGCACUUUCAGAGGAGGUUUCCUAUGCGGCCUUCCUGAAAUGCAAUUCGAUAGAGCACUUGGAUGGAGACCCACUUACUACCAUGAGCAGCUUCGGCGGCGGACUCUGUCUGACCGUCCUAACAGUUCUCGGCUGUCAGACUAUCCUCUGCCGUCUUGGUUAUGGGUUGGCUGGCAAGCUGCAUUCGUUAGUAACGAAGACGAAGUUAUUCGAAUAAACAGCAUGUGGAAGUUCAUAGACGAAACAUUUCCAAUAACAGAAUGGUAUACAAGCAAUUCUCCGCAUGGCUCUCCAUUGCGGAGGAUCAGAUCGACUUGGUACGAACGUCUUGAUACCCUCAAAGGAACGACGAAGCCUUUACCCGAAGGCUGGACUCGCGACAAGCGAGCUGGUUUUGAUAAUGACCGUGACAUUUGUGACAAAGCUGGUCGAAAGAUUGGAAAGCUUUAUCUGCACAAUGCGGAGCAACGAGAGCUCUUUCCCAAACCAGUAGCAGAGGAUGCUGACAUGUCGCGGCUUGAACUGGUCGCCAUCUAUCGCUUGAAGAGACACAAACCAAAAAAAGAUGGGCGAUACAAGUACAGCUAUGGUCAGACCGCUGAAGAAUUUUACGUGGUCCUGUGGAUAGAGUGGGUCGAGGAUGUGGCAUACCGACUUGCAAGUGGGAGCGUACAAAAGGUGGACUGGGAAGGGGCAGAUCUCGAGGAUGUGUCUUUGGUUCUAGGAUGA